AUGGAGGCCUGUGCAUUCAAAAAUCCCACAGUCGACCUCGACCAGCCUCACGAGGUAUUUCACCACCAGGACGAUGUUAGAGGUGCUUUUGAUACGCUGCCGGAGACACCUGCAGCUCCACCGAAACACCUACACCCAUUGGAGACAUACCAGCCUACCGCUGAUGGACGAAACUUGAACGUUGUUCAAAAGUCUGGAGAAUUGCGAGGAGGGGCGGAUCGUCAUUUGCCGACGGUCGAACACAGCUUUCCAUCGUCUUCUGCGCUAACGAUAGGCCUCGCGGCUUCUCUCAAUGAUCAAUCAGCGCCGACUGUCUUGAGGCAAGGCAUCACUUCGUCAUUUCGACGACUAUUCGGCUCAUUCAAGUCAUCUGUUGGAGGAACGUCAAGUGAGGGAAGCUUGCUGAGCCGGCAACAGUCACGAUAUGCUAGCACCACCGACACCAACGCCACUACACCUACCUCUCUUGUCACAACCUCCAAUCUCAUGUCAAUACAGAGGCUCGUUGCCGAUCCAGAUAUGCCUAUAGAGACAUCAAUCGCAGAAUUGUGGACAUCGAGGAUACAAAACCGGCUGUAUUGUGAACUCGAGAAGCAUGUUGUCGAAGCGUCGUGGAUAUUAGAACUGUUGAUGGUUGGUGAAAACCAGAACAAGCUCAAACCGACAAUAGUCAUCACAUGCCGAACAGACCGAGCUCGAAAAGAAAUUAAAAAGGUUUGCAAAGAGCUAAAAUGGCUCAAGCGACUAUGCAGCGAGAAUGACCUGCGAGUAGUUGCACAUGUUCAGCAAUUUGUGUUGAACGGAAGAGUCAUAAAUGGCAACACUGCAUGUUCCGUGAAAAGGUCAUGCGUAGUCGAAAUCCCGCAGGGAGCCAGGACGUUUUGCGGUCAAAGGGUUCAGGUUUUCUCCGAAGCUGGGAAUGAGGUUGGCUCUUGCACAUUCGGGGGUCUGGUGACGAUCGGACACAUCGUGUACGGAAUUACCGCAGGCCACCCGUUCAUCACGGGCGGUGGCGAUGACUCAGAUGCUGCUGAAAUCAUGGGUGGAGAGGAUGUCGACAAUGAGAGCUCAUUCGAGUCGGAGGAUCCAUUCAUCUCUUUUGACAGCGACGAUGAAGAGGAUACAUCUUCAAUAUCUGCAGGCGACAACGGCAACCCCAACCCGACAGGGACAAAAGUAAUAGCCAGAGAUUCGGUCGAAGCGGACAGUGCAAAUGUGCAGCAGCUAGCUCCAGCCUCAAGGCCACGCAUGCCUCCAGAGUGUCUUGACCGGUUCCACCACAUCAACACUGAAAGCGGAUCGGAGCCUACAUUGAUAGCUUCUUCGGUCAACAGACGCCCCAUGACCCCGGAUAUUUGGCCCACGGCACACACCUCGAUUCCAGGUCUUCAGCUUCAACAACCAUGCCAACACCGUGAGCACGAGAUGGACGAUCCGCACAGAGAACUUCGAGCAGCUACCGUCUCAGUAGCAGGUGAUUUCAACCAGUUCCCACUUCAAGAGUUAAAGAUGGAGGCAGACUGUGCUCUUAUUGAUGUUUCGAGCUGGCCUGACCUCCUGCCAAAUGCGAUAUGUUUCAGAGAUCCUCGUCGGGAUAUCCUCAUUGAGGGAGCUGUGGAGCAGACAGACAAUGUGAAUGGCGAAGUGACCGUUAUCGCAGCCGAAAUUGGGCCACAAUAUGGUGUCCUUUCAGCCUUGAGGUCCAUCCUGAAGAUAGGGAAAUCGGUAUUUGAGGUGCGCCGUGUCAGCCUCGAACGCAACCUGCCGCGCGGUGUCUCGGGCGCCUGGGUCGUCAAUGACAAACUCGUUUGUGGCCACAUCAUCGCCUCGCGAUCUGACGCACCAUGGGCGUAUAUGGUAUCUAUCGACUCCCUUCUAGACAGUAUCAAGGGAGUUAAAGCUGCCGGAAGCGUUCAAAUACCUCGUCCGGAAAUCGUGCAAAGAGCCCACAAGACGACGUCUCGGUGUGUGAAGCAAACAGUGACGGCUGAGAGGCAGAGAUGUGGACCUUCAAGCAGCGCUCUUCACACUGUCCACGAGGAAGAUUUUAUGCGGCAACCGCGCCAUUUUUGAGCUGAAAAGAUGAGGAGAGUGCCAUGCAACCAGGCCUCACAGCAGUCGAUUUCGGUCUCGAAGUUUGAGAUGCGAAACCAAGGACCGUCCCAUGCUUUAGAGAAACGCACAGGAUUGUCGGCAGCAAGGGUCCCAUCUCACCAGGGAAAGAUUUGGAGUGCUACGGUAGCCAGAAAGUCACCCCUUUCGAAUAUGCUGUGAUUGCGUAGUUGUCUGAAGUCGCUUGUUUACCGUACAAUGUUCUUUCCGCCAUGGUAUAGUUUGUCAGCCAACAUAGGGCUCCUUGAGAACGAGGAGACGAAGGUAGAUACAGGAAGCAGGCAAAAGCGACCCCGUCCC